AUGAAGAAAAUAAAAGACUUACUAGAUUCUUGCAAAUUGAAGCCCAACAGCCACCCGAAUUCUCGUCAGUCAGUGAGCUUCCACUAUUUUGGUGGCGAGAGACGUGGCCGUUCCGGGGGUGGGAGUGGUGGAGCAUUCAACUUGGAGUUGGAACAUCUCAAAGACACUUCUUUAAAUUCCAAGAUGGAGAUACAUCAGGAAGACACAAUAGCUGACAGCAAUGCUGAAGGAAACAAUGGUGAGUUAGAAGGGAGUGAAGAGUUUGAAGGUGAAGAGAACUAUGGGAAAUUGGAAGAAGAUGAUAUUGUUGAAGCCGAGGAAAAUACCAUUCAGGUGGAAGAUCAUAACCAUCCUCUUGUUGUUACUGCUCGCGAAUAUACUAACACGCAAGAUAAAGAUGAGAAGAUUCAACAACUUACUCAAGAGUUGCAUAGGCAGGAUCAGCUCUGUGCUGCAUAUAGAGAAAGAUUGCUUAGUUUUCUUGCAAGUGUUGAUGAACAAGCUGAACAGUUGUCUUUAAAAGUUCAAGCAGUUGUUGACAAUGUGAAAAAGGCGGAAGCUGAAGAAGCAAAAGUUUCGUCGUGUAGAUAG